AACUUAGCUUCUCGGAUGGUCCCGGCCGCGAUUCCGCAGCAGGACGGUGCUGAUUCAUGAUAGUAAACAAGGUCCAUGUAUUCGAAACUUGGAACUGAAACAUACAUUGCUACUCACAAACCUCCCUAUGGCACCUCGCAAGAUGAGAUCCGAUCGCACUUUAGAACAUGAUCCUACCUCACGUAGACCUCUAUUAAGCUGCCAGGGCGGAACCAAAUGUCGGAUCGAAGCAUUGAGCAGGAGAAUCACUGCUCAGGGGAAGCUAAGUAGUCCUCUCACCAGCAAAAUGCAUGUAGACGCGGUUCCUUUCCUGGUGUGCGCAACAGUCCCAUUUACUUAUUGCCAUCUUGUUUGCUAUCCCGCCAUUUCAGCCAAUAAAUAUUGCUGCCUUUUAAAGUGUUUGAAAAAUUUAUACUGCUUCCGGCUGUAUGGAUUAUGAGGGGGUGUCGCUGUGUGCCUCGCAAUCGGAUUCUAUAGCAAGUUAGAUUCAGAGAUUCUUCAAGAACUGCCAUAUUUAACGUAAAAAUUACCACUACCAGCUAUUGCAGCUCCACUUGAGGAU